CGGGCGGCGCGCGCCCCCCUCCUGCGCGGAUCCCUCCGCCUGCAGUAGCGGUGGUGAGGCCGAGGGAGCCGCCAUUUUGGAUGUUCGGUUCCUGCAGCCGCCGCCGCCGCCCCCGGUUUCAGUCGAGGUUUCGGGCCGGGAGGAUGAAGCGGCAGCUGCUGGUGGUAGAGAGGAUGCCAGCCCCCAUUAGACUACGGGAGCUGAUCCGGACCAUCCGGACAGCCCGAACCCAGGCAGAAGAACGAGAAAUGAUCCAAAAAGAAUGUGCUGCUAUCCGGUCUUCCUUCAGAGAAGAAGAUAACACCUACCGCUGUCGGAACGUUGCAAAAUUACUCUACAUGCACAUGCUGGGCUACCCUGCACACUUCGGACAGUUGGAGUGUCUCAAGCUUAUUGCUUCUCAAAAAUUCACAGAUAAACGCAUUGGAUAUCUAGGAGCUAUGCUACUGUUGGAUGAAAGACAGGAUGUCCAUCUUCUUAUGACUAACUGCAUCAAGAAUGACCUUAAUCACAGCACACAGUAUGUGCAGGGGCUUGCACUCUGCACCCUUGGCUGCAUGGGCUCCUCAGAAAUGUGCAGAGAUCUUGCGGGAGAAGUAGAGAAACUCCUCAAAACCUCAAACUCAUACUUAAGGAAAAAGGCAGCACUAUGUGCUGUGCAUGUCAUCAGAAAAGUUCCUGAACUCAUGGAAAUGUUCUUGCCAGCUACCAAAAAUUUACUGAAUGAGAAAAAUCACGGUGUUCUUCACACAUCUGUUGUUCUCCUCACAGAGAUGUGUGAGAGAAGCCCAGACAUGCUGGCACAUUUCAGAAAGAAUGAAAAGCUUGUACCACAGUUAGUUCGUAUUCUAAAGAAUCUCAUCAUGUCUGGAUAUUCACCAGAGCAUGACGUGUCUGGGAUCAGUGACCCCUUCUUGCAGGUGCGAAUUCUACGGUUAUUAAGAAUUCUAGGACGAAACGAUGACGACUCCAGUGAAGCAAUGAAUGAUAUAUUGGCACAGGUUGCCACUAAUACAGAAACAAGUAAAAAUGUAGGAAAUGCUAUUCUCUAUGAAACUGUCUUGACUAUUAUGGAUAUCAAGUCAGAAAGCGGAUUACGAGUCUUAGCCAUUAACAUCCUGGGCCGUUUCUUAUUAAAUAAUGACAAAAAUAUUAGAUAUGUAGCUCUGACAUCUUUAUUGAAGACGGUUCAGACAGAUCAUAAUGCAGUACAGAGGCAUCGAAGCACCAUUGUGGACUGCCUGAAGGAUCUGGAUGUCUCAAUUAAACGGCGUGCAAUGGAACUUAGUUUUGCCCUGGUCAAUGGGAAUAAUAUUCGUGGCAUGAUGAAGGAACUACUGUACUUUUUGGAUUCUUGUGAGCCAGAAUUUAAGGCAGACUGUGCAUCUGGAAUCUUCCUUGCUGCUGAAAAGUAUGCACCUUCUAAAAGAUGGCAUAUAGACACAAUUAUGCGUGUCCUAACAACGGCAGGGAGUUAUGUCCGAGAUGAUGCUGUCCCCAACUUGAUUCAGCUGAUAACUAAUAGUGUGGAGAUGCAUGCCUAUACUGUCCAGCGCCUUUACAAAGCCAUUCUUGGUGAUUAUUCCCAACAACCCUUGGUGCAAGUGGCGGCCUGGUGUAUAGGAGAGUAUGGAGACCUUCUGGUAUCUGGUCAGUGUGAAGAGGAGGAGCCCAUUCAGGUUACAGAGGAUGAAGUAUUGGAUAUUUUGGAAAGUGUUCUAAUCUCUAACAUGUCCGCAUCUGUUACACGAGGCUAUGCCCUUACUGCCGCCAUGAAGCUCUCUACACGGUUCACCUGUACUGUCAACCGAAUUAAGAAAGUGGUGUCCAUCUAUGGAAGCAGCAUUGAUGUGGAACUUCAACAAAGGGCAGUGGAGUACAAUGCACUUUUCAAGAAGUAUGAUCAUAUGCGGUCAGCCCUGCUUGAGAGAAUGCCCAUCAUGGAAAAGACAACCACAAACGGUCCCACGGAGAUUGUACAGACAAAUGGAGAAACUGAGCCAGCCGUACUAGAGACCAAACCACCUCCUACAGGGCCUCAGCCUGCUAGUCAGGCUAAUGACUUAUUGGAUUUAUUGGGAGGAAAUGAUAUAACACCCGUCAUUCCAACUGCCCCUACAAAUAAACCAGCCUCUGCCGGUGGGGAGCUUCUUGACCUGCUAGGAGACCUCAACCUCACAGGUGCUCCAGCCUCCGCUCCUGCCCCUGCUCCAGCUCCACAAAUAUCGCAGCCUCCUUUCCUGUUAGAUGGGCUCUCAUCACAACCCCUCUUCAAUGAUAUUGCUACAGGCAUCCCCUCCAUCACAGCAUAUAGUAAAAAUGGCCUGAAGAUAGAAUUCACCUUUGAGAGGUCCAACACUAACCCCAGUGUCACAGUGAUAACGAUACAAGCCUCCAACAGCACAGAACUGGACAUGACGGACUUCGUUUUCCAGGCUGCAGUACCAAAGACAUUCCAGCUGCAACUCCUGUCUCCUAGUAGCAGCAUCGUUCCAGCGUUUAACACAGGGACUAUAACACAGGUCAUUAAAGUUCUGAAUCCACAGAAGCAACAACUACGUAUGCGAAUCAAGCUCACAUAUAAUCACAAGGGCUCAGCAAUGCAGGAUCUAGCAGAGGUGAACAACUUCCCCCCUCAGUCCUGGCAAUGAGGCUCUGGCACCAUUCUUAUCCUCACCCCACCCAAUCAAAAGAACUCUGGGAAGGAGGUUGUGAUCCCUGGCAAAUCCCCCAAAACUGCACCAUGGGCAUGAGGAGCAGAAGAGAACUGUUGAGGAGGAAUUUCCUAAAGUUAUUGCUGACCUUGAAGCAUAUCUUGUUAAAGACUAAUCUCCUCCCCUCCACUGAUGAGGCUGGCUGCUUCUGGAGGCAACUGUGCACUCUUACUCUUCUCCUCCUCCCCGUAUCCCAUCCUUUCCCCCCACAUUCACAGCCAGAAACAACAUUCCCCUUGCCCUCAAGGAUAUAUGCAGCUUGUUUGGAGGAGAGGACUGGAGUUCGUGCAAGAAAACAGUCACCUUGUCUCUGCAGCAAGUGGUUGCCCCCCCUUCUUUCUGCUGUUGUUUCUUGGAGUGGGUGAGGGGUGGUAUGGAUGCCUCACUAGCUGGGUUACCAUCUUAGGCCAUUUCUUACUCCUGGGAUUCAGGAUGGAAACCUAUCAAAUGGACAUUAGGGAGCCUUGCCUUUUUCUUUGGUUCCCCCCAAUGUUUGAAAGAGGCGUUAGGCUCCUGAUAACCUUUUCUGUGCAUCGCUGUAUAAAAACACACACACAAACACACACACACACACACGUAUGUUCGUUAGCUGUAUGAUAACCAAGAGCAGGACAGGCUUUGAGAGGUUGUUUGUACCCCCUGAACAGAUGGUUAAAAAGGUGUUUCGAUACGAUCUGGUGUGAAGGGUAGGGUGCCGUAUUUGGGGUAGAAAAUCCCAGCGCUCUUCUAGCCCCUCUUGCUCACUCCUCCUAGGCAGUGGUCGUGUACGUGCGCCUCGGUUUUCCGAAUCUCUUUCCCCGAAAAGUGCAAGGUGGACAGUUGAUAAACCGACGCUGGGCAGUCGUCGAACUCCUGCCCCCACAAAUACUAAAAUUCCCCAUGGGCGGUUACUUGGCUGUUCGACUGUGGAAAGUUGGUAGACCAGAUCAGUUGCAGCUGGUGAAAGCAAUCAGACUCAUAAAGAAAAAGUCCCUCUUCCCAAAUGAAGCCCGAAAACCAGACUCAUCCCAGAACACAGUGGAGAGUCUCUUCCCCGUUACUCGAAUCCUCCCUUUUAUUCCCUGAGCCUGGCUUGGACCUCGGCAUUCCGUUUUUGAAUUCCUUCUUCUAACUGGAACAUUUGUGUUGUAUCUGUAACACUGGCACUGAAAUAAAGACCGUACGGUUAAAGAAAUCUUUCCUAUAUUGUACUUAAUGGUGUUGGAAUGCAGCCCUGCGGCUUCCUUGCCUCUGGUGUCAGUGAAAGUCACGUAGAUGCUGUAGAGUAGGACCCUUCCCCUUCCCCGACCCCCCCAGAUCUGGCCACUUAGUUCUCCUCUUUAAAUCACGGUCACUCUCGUGAGCACGUGGGGCCAAAAACCUGAGCUCUGACACCCUGUUGAACGGUUAGAUGUGCCGAAUGCCUUCAGAAAAGAGCCGUGCGUUAACUAAACCAUACACCUUAGAGUCGAAUUGAUUGGGAAAACAAAGUGGCUGAGGUUCCCAUGCUACACAGCAAGUAGACUUUGUACAUUGAAAUAUAUCAGGGCUACAUGCUAGUUAUGUCCUUACGAAUUCUAGAAGAGGUAAAAAUGGAGCCCACCUUACUCUUCUUCAUCCUUGCAUUCGAAUAUGUUUUUUGCUUGCUAUGUUCUUGCACAUUCUAGAAGUUGGUAAAAGCGGGGCCCACCGUCCUCUUUCAUCCUUGCAGGCACAGCUGUAUUGGAUACAUCUCACAGAUCACGGCAUUGUCUUAAAACGCAUCCCAAAUCACAUUUUUCUCUGUUCCACAAAGCCUUUACCGACGACUCCUCUGUCCUGUCAAAUCUAGCUCUGUAUCAGAGGCUGGAAUAUCCUUAACUUGGCUGACACUGGAGUCGGGCUGAAGGCUGGAAGUGAACAUUCUGGUCUUAACUGGCAUGUAAGAGUAAGGUCUGCUAGAGCUCAUUCGCUGGUUUAAAAUUGAGCAAUAUGUCCUUGCACACAGACUUUAGUAAAGUUAAUGUGAACAAGUGACUGUUUGGAGAGCUGCCCUACCUCUGAGAUUUUCAAUAUAUGCUUCCUGAAGGUUUAUUUACAGGCUGACUUUUUCUGAAUGGAUACUAAAAUGCUGUGAAAAUCGGGGAUUUUUAGUAAACGUGCGUCCGUAGACUGGGAUUUUGUUUUAAUGCUCAUUUGUGGUAGAGGCUCCUUUGGCUGUCCGGUGUUUUUCAGAUGAUCAGCUCUCAGGCCUGCUUAGCCAGAGACGACGGAAUUAGGUUCAAAAGGAAUUGAUUGGAGAGACUAAAGGAUUGGACAUAGUAUAUAAGGACAGGACAUUUCUUUGGCGUCUCAAAACUUGGAGGGAGAGCAGUGGGAUCUGUCUAUCGUCUCUGAAUCUACACGGAAUGAAAUAUCAUGGCCUUAAUACCACGGGUGCUGUUUAAGCUGUGGGCACGGCCUGGGAGACUCAUGGUUGAGGAAGUCCAUUUCCCAUGUUCAGAUAAUGGAAUGCUUCAGCGUGCCUUAGUUUCCAGGACCCGCGUUAGCUCUCCCCUUCUCUCCCACAGGCCUUGCGGCUAAAGGAGAAUGUACUCGGUUGCUGUGAAUAUUGCAGAGUUCGGUGGUUCCUUUAAUUGGAAUACUCACUGGAUGAGCAAAAGGAGGCAGCGCUAAAGCAGCAUGGGCCAUUGUAGGGAACUAGCCACCCCCAAACCUAUUUAAUACCUCAGGUUUGGGAGCCGGACAUGCGCGCACACAUAAUUCCUUGGACAAUUUCUCACGCGCUUUUACCUCAUUCUCGUCUCCCCUCCGGAGUAGCCUGUAUCUUUUCAAGUAGUGGUCUCAAGGGAGUCCCGAUUCAUCAAAGUCAGCGCGUCUGAAACUGUGUGAGCACGUGAAGUGCUCUCUUCGGAAAGACUUCUGCCACGGGGCUCCGAUGCUGGUUUAUUGACGGGAUUGGGACGGUGGUAGGGAGUGGGCUGUGUCAACCAAAAGGCACAGUGUUGGAAAACCUCUAACCCGAGGUCUCAUCCGGAGGACCGUAGCUCUGUGUGAAUCGGGAGGACUCUCUCUUUCCCUUGGUUGAUGUAGGGUACAGUUUUACCCCCUUUGCCCAUUUCAUCCACGCCUGAAAGCGGAAUUAUAAAUCCUUCCGUCCGUGCCAUCUGAAUAAGGAAUGAUCGAUAGCUAUCUGAUGACACACUUCCCAUUUUUAUACCCUCCUAGAGGUGGGGGAGUGGGGCCCAAGGGGAUACCGUCUUUGCGGUUAAGCUUCUUCCUUACAUUCUGAUUCAAGAGUGUCUGGGCCGUGAGAACUGUUGGGGCAAGGGGAGAGAUUGAAUGUCUUAUAUUUUUUCUAGUGAAUGUAUUUUAACUUAAGUGUCUUGAACCAAGAAAGCAGGAGGAGGACGGUAAAAGGAAACACAAAAGUUGUGUGUGUGUGUGUCUGUGUGUGUGAGUGAAUUGACGAAAAGGAGAGAGCCUGGAAAGUCCUGAACUUUAGUCUUCUUUGCCCAACCUGGGGAGGCAGGGGUGGGUGGUGAGGGGCCGCACAUGGAACUGGAUGUGAACAAUUCUUUUCAAGCAAUAGCAGCAAAUGGGUCCCGACUACCCAGGCCCUCGAACAUUUAACACAGAAGAAAAUGCUGAAGCAGCUCGGGCAAGCACUUCAUUCCCUCCCGUGGGGCUGGUUCUGGCUGAAAGGUGGAGCAGUGGGAAUGAUUUUUUUGGAGAACCUGCUGUUGCGCUUUCUGUGUGUUUUGUGUUUAUUUUCUAUUUAGGGGCUGCGAGGGAAAGAACCAACGAACUCUUUCCUUUUGUAAACUCUCACUUGGUUCCUGUAAAGUUCCCUUUCCUUUCAUGAUAUUGUACGUUACAUUUUACAUCGAGCCCCCCCCCCCCCCCGACUCCUUUCCUUUACUGUAAAAUAUAUUAAAAAGGCUGAUUCCAAGUGGGGCGGCUGAUGAAGUUCUAAUUAUUGCAGACAUAUUUUUGAGAUGUAAAAAAAUGGAAAAUUAAAUAAGUCUUAGAGGUGAGUGAGGAGCAUAACGGAUGUAAACAUUUAAAUGGGAUGCAUUAGAAUUCUGCUGUGUGUAUUGUCUUUCGGUUGAAACAAAUUAUGAACAGUGACUAAUAAAAGUCAAUACUCGAUGAUUUAAAA